GACGCGUGUUGUGGCUGUGAGGUGAAGUGUCAGCGUAUUCCAUCACAAUACAUGCAAACCGAGGACAGGUCGUUUCUGUACGGAAAAACGAGUGAAACUAAACUAUUUAUAUGAAGACUAACAGCAGAUCCGCGGUGGAGGUUAACUGACACUGUGCUUUUAUCACUGCACAGCGCUGACUGACCGUACGAGGCGGGCACACAUCUGAAACAUUUACAUCAAACUUCACACCCGAUCCACGCGCCGAUUGCGCCCUUCAUAGACAGCAUGGAGUAGAAAGACGUCGAGACAGAAAUUGAUGUUUUCUGCUGAGAAACGUUAGAGCGAAAGAAACUCAUCCGUGUAAAAUCGGCAUCAAGCUCGUGUUGGAUUGAGAGGAGCAGAAGAUGUCUGUACCGGUGUUCUGUAAAAUGUUUGACUGCCUGCAGGGAGCAUCAGCUGAGAUAGCAUCUAGACGGCUGAACCCUUCAUCAAAACCUGCAAAUCUUCUGGAGCAUCAUCUGCUUUUUCCAGAGCCACUGAAUGUGUUGGCGAAGGCCCUAUAUGACAAUGUGGCGGAGUCUCCAGACGAGCUGUCCUUUCGUAAGGGUGACAUCAUGACCGUUCUGGAGCGGGACACGCAGGGAUUGGACGGCUGGUGGCUCUGUUCACUGCACGGGCGUCAAGGAAUCGUCCCUGGCAACCGGCUGAAAAUCCUUGUGGGCAUGUACGAUAAACAGCAGCAGAUGUCUGCCCAAUCCAGUCCAACCCAGAGUCAACUAAACCUGCCUCAGAGUGCCUACAGCAAGCCUUCCCCUGCCUCCCAGUACACGGCAAUGCACCCUGCUUUCUCUUCCCCCAGCUCUGCUAACUCAUCCAUCCCUGACAACGUCUAUAUGCUCCCACCCAGCCAUGGCCUGCCUGCAUCUUCAAGCCUCUACCAGGUGCCCACUGGCCCCCAGCCUCCCCCGCCUCAGCCCAAAGCCCCUGCUUUGGCACAAAAGCAAAGCCACGCACAUUACGCCCCCACUUCACAGGAUGUCUACCAAGUGCCACCCUCCAUUAAUGCUCCAGGACAGGACAUCUACCAGGUGCCACCCACAGUAGGAGGUCCGAGUCCCGGACAAGAUGUGUACCAGGUGCCGCCUUCUGUGAACCAGACGCAAGACAUUUACCAAAUUCCCCCAUCAAUAGAGAGGGGCUGGGACUCUCCUAAACCCUUGGGGAAGGUGGUUGUUCCUACACGGGUCGGCCAGAUGUAUGUGUACGAUACGGGGAAAAAUGAACAGGAUGAGUAUGACGUCCCCAGACACCUUCCACCCAACCAAGACAUCUAUGACGUGCCACCCACCCGCACCCAGUACAACCAACAGGUGUAUGAUACUCCCCCUAUGGCUAUGAAAGGCCCGCCCAGCCGAGAUGGACAGGAGAUUUAUGACACGCCACCAAGUUUGGACAAAAGUCAGCUGAUGUACCAACAAACGGUAUAUGACAUUCCCCCAUCUGUCAGCAAAGAUGUUCCAGAUGGUCCAAUCCGAGAGGAGACGUAUGAUGUUCCUCCUCACUUUGCUAAGAUGAAAAACCUUGAGAAUCAGAACCAGCCCUAUAUGUCCCAGAUCCCCGGAGGUCUAGAGCCUUCCAUACCGGAAGACGUUUAUGAUGUACCUCCGCCUCAGCUAACAGGAAAGCGUCAGCCUGAAGGCCAGGAGAUUUACGACAUUCCCGCCAGUUUGCGUAAGGGCGGCCCGCAGGAGCACCACUCAGCGGAUGUGUACGAUUUCCCUCGUGAACGCUCAGCGGGAGAAGAUUCGAAUGACUACGUGUACGAUGUGCCUCCACAGGUGGUGCGUGAUGCCGCGGCCACCGAGGAGCUUACGGUCAGCUUUAAACGACUGUCUGCGUCCAGCACGGGAAGCACUCGCAGUAACCUUUCCACAUCUUCUCUGGACAUGGUGCCGGUACGGGACUCUACUGGACCAGGCCGCCUGCUGCUUCUGGAUCUGGACCAGGCUAUGGAGCGGUUGUCUCGUCUACAGCAGGCUGUGGAGAGCUCUGUGUCCAUUCUCAUGUCUUUCAUCAGUGGGAACUGGCGUAGCCACACUCAGAUGGAGUCCAACCUGCCUGCCAUCAAACAGGCUGUCGACCGCAUUCGCAUGGCCGUCAGAGACCUCCUGGAGUUUUCAAGGGGAGCGGUGGCCAACGCCACCCAGGCCACCGACCGCACGCUGCAGACCAAGCUGGGCAAGCAGUUGCAGAAAAUGGAGGAGGUCUUUCAAGGUCUGGUGAAGCACAAUCAGGCACUGGACGCCAUUGGUUGGUCCCCGGCAGCUCUGAUGGCAGCCCCUGCAGGCACCGGUGGAGACGACCUGGACCGGUUGGUAAUGUGUGCCCGCGGCUUACCUGAUGACACCAAGCAGUUGGCAUCAUUUCUCCAUGGCAACGCCUCUUUGCUCUUUAAACGGACAACUAAACAGCAGCAACUGCCUAACAACAACAACAUCUCAGCCUAUCAGUCGGGUAUACCCGAACGGGCCAACAUCCAGUGUCGUCCGCUACCCUCCCCUCCGAAAUUCACAGCUGAGGAAGAAACUCCAGACAGGCCAUAUGAGACGACAGAGGAGGGCUGGAUGGAGGACUAUGACUAUGUGCAUUUACAGGGUAAAGAAGAGUUUGAAAAGAACCAGAGACAACUCUUGGAGAAAGGGAGCAUCAAACAAAAAACCCUGCUGGAACAGCAACAGCUGAAGCAGUUUGAAAGACUAGAGCAGGAGGUCUCCCGGCCAAUCAACAAUGACAUUUCGGCCUGGACUCCGCCCACUCACUACCCACAGACACCACGCAGUAAGCUGUGCAUGGGUGACCGGCAGCUGCUUCUCUUCUACAUGGAGCAGAGCGAGGCCAACAUCACCACACUCACCAACGCUAUUGACGCUUUCUACUCUUCCGUCAACAACAACCAGCCUCCCAAAAUCUUUGUCGCCCACAGCAAGUUCGUCAUUCUCAGCGCUCACAAGCUGGUUUUCAUCGGGGAUACGCUCUCUAGGCAAGCCAAGUCUCCCGAGGUGCGCACCAGGGUGGCCCAGCACAGCAACACGCUUUGCGAAAAGCUCAAAGACAUUGUAGUUAGCACCAAAACAGCAGCCCUGCAGUAUCCCUCACCGGGCGCUGCCAGAGACAUGACAGAGAGGGUGCGGGAGCUUGGAGGCUGCACCCAACAGUUUCGCAUGGCACUCAAUCAGCUACUGGCCAUGUGAACGGGCCCUGGGACAGUACAAGCACAGAGCCAGUUAAAACUCUUUGGACAAACAUACCUGGACAACAUUGUUAAUGGGCAGAGCCAUUGGUUGUAAAUGAAUCAUUGUAAAUAUUUAAGUUGCUGUAUGUCGGGGAUACUGUAAUGGACAAACAUGGAUGGUGGAGGAAUGUUUGUGUUGUUUUUUUGUUUUUUGAUCAGGGGAAGAGAAAGAAAAAGGAAAAUAUCUAAAAAGUAGACAUUAUGCAUUAUUAUAGCUAUACUGUAAUUAUUGCUUUGAUUGUUAUAAUUGUCAUCCCUAUUAUUAUGAGAUGUUGACUAAAGGUGUUUAAAAUUUUAAACGUGUAUGUCAAAGUACAACCAUUUUCCAACAAGAAUCGGCAUUGGAGGCGUUUUUAAUGAGUUGUUCCUGCUGGAAGCUGAAGUUUAUCCUCUUGCUGUUGCUGGUUAUAAGGCAUGCUGGGAGUAAGCUGACUGGCACACAUAAUAGAAAUUCAUAUUGACUAUGAGACUGUCAUUUUGGCAAGAGACCGACCUCUCUUCAUUAAGGCUUCAUUAAUGCUUGGGUUAAGAUGUUUUUUUUUUACCAGAAUUUGCAAAUGUAAAGUUAUUUAAAGUUGUGGAGAAGAAAAAAUCCAAAUGAAUUUGAAAAAUCUGUAACAUUUGUUUAAGAAAACUUUAUUUUGUUAUGAAGUCUGCUUUAAACUGAAUGAAUGAAUGAAUACAUUUCCUCCCAUUUCCACUUUGGCAUGCCCUACGCUAGUUUGAAAACAUUUCUUAUGGCAUUGUUUUAUAUCUGCUUACGUUGUAGAAAAGAGGAAACAUUCAGUCAUGGGCGGUCCUUCAUCGUAAAGCUGAUAGCGUCACUACCUGCUGGACAGGUGCAUUGUGGCAACAGGGUCCUUGAUUUCAUGUAUAUCCUGGAAAUUUAUUGUACAGUUUUUGGUCAGGUCUUUCAAAAAAAACUUUUACCCUCCUUUCGAAACUUACCUUUCACAUUCAUAUAGACUGAGGCUUUCAGUGGUCAUAUUUAAAAUAAACCUGAAAACCAGUUUGUCUGAAACUCUUCCUCUGAUUGACCCAGUGCCUAUGUGGUAUAGUCACUUAUCUGUUUAAAGAGCUGUUGUGAACCGAGUGCCCACUAUAAGCCUGAAUCGCCUGCCUUGCAUUGUCUUCUAGCUCCCUGUUGGUUGUAUUUUAAAAUUAAGAAUAUGUGAGACAAAGUAGUUUAAUGAUACUUAUUAAACUUUUCAAGUACUACAA